UGAAUGGUUGGGUCGGGCAUGUGAGGAUGGAUGGAUGGAUGGAUCAUGUCCAGUGGAGACGGAUGGAUGGUUGGGUCAUGUCUGGUGGAGACGGAUGGAUAGUUUGGUCGGGCAGGUGGGGAUGGAUGGAUGGUUGGGUGAUGUUCGGUGGGGACGGAUGGAUGGUUGGGUUGGGGAGGUGGGGAUGGAUGAAUGGUUGGGUCAUGUCCGGUGGAGAUGGAGGGAUGGUUGUGUCAGGCAGGUGGGGAUGGAUGGAUGUUUGGGUUUCGUGGGGAUGGAUAGAUGGUUGGGUCGUGUCCGGUGGGAAUGGAUGGUUGGGUCAUGUCCGUUGGGGAUGGAUGGAUGGUUGGGCCGGGCAGGUGGGGAUGGAUGGAUGGUUUGGUUACGUCCGGUGGAUACAGAUGGAUGGUUGGGUUGGGCAGGUGGGGAUGGAUGAAUGGUUGGGUCAUGUCCGGUGGAGAUGGAGGGAUGGUUGUGUCAGGCAGGUGGGGAUGGAUGGAUGUUUGGGUUUCGUGGGGAUGGAUAGAUGGUUGGGUCGUGUCCGGUGGGAAUGGAUGGUUGGGUCAUGUCCGUUGGGGAUGGAUGGAUGGUUGGGCCGGGCAGGUGGGGAUGGAUGGAUGGUUGGGCAAUGUCCUGUGGGGAUGGAUGGAUGGUUGGGGCGGGCAUGUGGGGAUGGAUGGAUGGUUGGGCAAUGUCCAGUGGGGAUGGAUGGAUGGUUGGGGCAGGCAUGUGGGGAUGGAUGGAUGGUGGGGUUACGUCCUGUGCAGACGGAUGGAUGGUUGGGUCACGUCUUGUGCAGACGGAUGGUUGGGUGGGUUGGGUAUGUGGGGAUGGAUGGAUGGUUGGGUGGGGAUGGAUGGAUGGUUGGUUUGUGUGGGAUGGAUGGUUGGGUUGGGCAGGUGGGGAUGGAUGGAUGGCUGGUUUGUGUCGCACAUGGAUGAGCGGAAGGGGCACAGUGGGGUGGAGAGACAGACUGACCACUUGUGCUCCCUCUCCGAGAUGCAAUCCCCGCCCCAUUCUCCUGCCGGG